AUGUGGAUGGAGGCGUGGGGAGAGGUGGAAGCUGACGCGGGUAGUACCGGUGUCAAAGGGUCAUCUACCGUGGAAGGGUACAGACAAAUAGCAAUAUUGUCGACGCCGGCAAAGGUUCUGGAGUCUGCCUUCCACAAGGUUUUGUACUCACAGGUACAAGAUGCUAAGUGCUUGUUGAUACAAGAUCAGGAUGAUUGCGAAAAGUUGCAGAGAAACAUCGACAGAGUGGUAGCUUGGAGCCAUGAGAAUAGGUUACAAUUUAAUACUGCCAAAUCCACAUCUAUACCUUUCUCGCGCGCGCACAGACCCAGGGUGCACGAUUACAAGGUACAUAUGUGGAACGAAGGCGACGGCCGCAGCUGCUGGUGGGUGCCAUACGCGCGCACCAACAUGUUAAGAGAAGCGCCGCUCACACGCGCUACACGGGUCACGAACUUGAUUGAUAAUGAGUUAGUGAAAAUGAAGAUCUAUACAAACGAAAAUAAUACUUCUACGCUAAAACUGCUCAUAGCAGCAAAUUUAGCUGGCAAAAAGGUGGAAAUUCAGAAAACUAACUUUGGAGGGCCGCGAUGUCUCCCGCUGCUGGAGGUGGAUGACCAGCUCUCGUUCUUCUCCAGCAAUGCUGCAGCGCAGUACUUGUUCCCCGUUUUGGAUUUAUCCGAAAAUGGACAGUGCCAACAGAUGCAGGAGUGGGAAGCAACCCGUUUGCACCCCGCAGUGGGGGCCAUUGUGUCCACUAAGACCGUCCCAUCUGACGUGAAACAAGUGUUGAUGGUGCUAUUACAGACUGUGGACAAAAUGUUGGCUCAGCAUCAGUACAUACUUGGGGACAAAAUUUCCGCUGCAGACAUAUCAAUCUGGAGUACCCUAUAUCCGGUGUACUACAACGAUGAUCUCAAAGCGCAGUACAUGGCGGGCUGUGCCCAUAUUGCGCGGUGGUUUGACCAGCUGGCUUUCGCUAAAGCGUUUCAGGAAGCAGUUAAACAAUGGGGCGGUACACCGAACGGGCCUUUUGGGGCGGCGUCGGCCCUCGGAUUACCGCAGAUUCCGAGUCUCGCCACGCCUGUUGCGUCCCCAGAAGAUGCUAUGGAAGCCGUCAUAACCGCCGAGGAGUUAGAAGCGGCAGAACACGGUUGGUUACACGGUAUUGACGAGUUGCAGCCUCUGCUGGAGCCACAGAAAAUAGUGUUACCAAUAAAGGAUCGGAAGAAUGUGUUAAUAACCUCUGCGUUGCCCUACGUCAACAACGUGCCGCAUCUAGGUAACAUCAUUGGGUGUGUUCUUUCGGCUGACAUAUUUGCCAGAUAUUGUCGAAUAUGUGACUACAAUACGUUAUACAUUUGCGGAACAGACGAGUACGGCACUGCUACAGAAACUAAAGCGUUAGAAGAAGGCAUAUCACCAAAGGAGAUUUGCGACAAAUAUUUCGCGAUCCACAACUCGGUUUACCGCUGGUUCAACAUUGGCUUUGACUACUUUGGACGGACCAGCACACCGCAACAGACACAAAUCGCACAAAGAUUAUUCCUGAAGUUAAAAGACAACGGUUUCGUGACGUCGCAAUCGGUAGACCAGCUGCUGUGUGAAAAAUGCGACAGGUUCCUUGCCGACAGGUUCGUGGAAGGCAUAUGCCCGCACCCCGGCUGCGGUUACGAGGGAGCUCGCGGCGACCAAUGCGACAAAUGUGGAAAACUUAUCAACGCUACAGAACUUUUACAACCAAGAUGUAAAGUAUGCGGGCAUACUCCGAUACUGAAGCCCAGUGAACAACUUUUUAUAGAGUUAGGGGAGCUGGAGCCGGCGCUGCGGUCGUGGAUCAGCGGCGUGGAGGGCGGCUGGUCGGCGCCGGCGCGAGGCGUGACGCGCGCCUGGCUGCGCGAGGGGCUGCGCGCCAGGGCCGUCACCAGAGACCUCAAGUGGGGGGUGCCGGUGCCCGUGCCGGGUUUCCACAACAAGGUCUUCUACGUGUGGUUCGAUGCACCUAUCGGCUACCUCAGCAUCACGGACACGGCUACGAAACAGUACGAGGCUUGGUGGAAGCCAGACAAGAAAUAUGACGUGAAAUUAUACCAAUUUAUGGCAAAAGACAACGUUCCAUUCCACGUUAUCAUGUUCCCGGCCACUUUGAUCGGCGUCAACGAGGGGCAUAUAUUGGUCAACCACAUUUACGCAACAGAAUAUCUCAACUACGAGGAAGGAAAAUUUUCAAAAUCAAGAGGCGUUGGUGUGUUUGGAACCGACGCUCAGGAAACAGGCAUACCCUCGGACGUGUGGCGGUUCUACUUAGCCAGCAUCAGGCCGGAGACGUCCGACUCCAGCUUCAGCUGGGUUGAGCUCGGCACGAGAAACAAUUCAGAGCUAUUGAAUAACCUGGGCAAUUUCUGUCACCGAUCGCUGAUGUUCUGCGCGAACUCAUUCAAACAACGCGUUCCCGAUUUGACGUUGACAAGGAACGACUUUGAGAUGAUUGCCGCCGUCAACAGACAUGUCGCUGCAUACGUGUCCGAUAUGGAGCGAGGACGACUCCGCGACGCCCUGCGUCACGUAAUGAGCAUCUCGAAGCUUGGAAACCAGCACAUGCAGAGCGAACAGCCCUGGGUACUGCUCAAAGGAAGCGAUGAGGAGAAAAUACGCGGUGCGACUGCCAUAGGCCUGAGCUGCCAGCUGGUGGCCCUUCUGUGUGUGCUGGUAUCGCCGUACAUGCCGGACACCAGCCGCCGCUUGAGGGAACAGCUCAACGCCGACGCCAAGCUCCUCAGGAUUAACCCACAGAAACCAUUCUUCAUCCGCUACCUGCCUCCCGGCCACGUGAUCGGCAAACCAGAACCCUUGUUCACCAAGUUAGAAGCAGACAAACUCGAAGCUCUUAAGGCUAAAUACGCGGGCACACAGAGCGAAAGACAGCAAAAUGGCGAAGUGAAGAAACCUGCAGGGGCCAAGACAAUAGCGGAAUUAGAAGCAGCAAUUAAGGCACAGGGUGAAAAAGUUCGACAACUAAAAUCCUCUACAAAAGGCAAGGCUGUAUGGCAGCCCGAAGUGAACAUAUUGUUAGACUUGAAAAAACAACUCACUGCUGCGCAGGUAGCCAAGCCCACGCCCACGCCUGGGAACAAUGACGCUCAAUUAGAAAAAGCUAUCGCUGAACAGGGCGACAAAGUACGCAAAUUGAAAGCCUCCACAAAAGAUAAAUCCGUGUGGCAACCCGAAGUAAACAUCCUUUUAGAUUUAAAGAAACGCCUCGCUGCACUACAAGCCAAAUAAUAAUUAAUUAUAAACUAACUUAAGAUGACAUCGCAUGUCCUAAUUCCAUAAUGCAAGGAGAGAUCUUAUUAAGGUCGGUCACAAAUAUAAUUCCAAGCAUUUCGAUGCUUCGAUGACUAAUGUCCACUUGCGCUAAACUAAGUACGGUCUUAAACCAAUGCUUGCAAUGCAAAAGACACUCUUAGGCCUGUCGCCAGCCCACUGACAGGACGGGACGGCAAGGGAUUUUUAGGUGACGAUUGCAAUUUCAAUGGUAAUGAUCGUAGCUGGAAAAUAAAGCUGCGUUAUGCUUAGUGGUGGUCGCGGAAUGCCUCGGCAGCCUCCGAAAAGCCUCGGCAGCCUUCGGAAUGCUUCGGUAUCCUUCGCAAUGCUUCGGUAUCCUUCGCAAUGCUUCGGCG